UUCCAAGAAACGGCCUUAACGAUUUAAUUUUUAAGACAAGACUUAUGUACACAUUAAUUUAUAAACAAAAUUGAGUAGUUUCUAAGACUAAAUUUAAGUUGUAAGUGCGACUGUAGUGUAAAACUGUAAUUAGAAUGUGUAACAGUAACGGAGUAAGGCGUCUUAAGUACUAAUAUUAAUAUAUAUAUAAUAAUAAGACUGUCUGAAGCCUAAGACCUGAGUCAGGAAAAUGAAUCCAGUAAAAAAUGAGAAGAAUGAAGGCCAAUCCUACUGGACACAGUCUGAGAGGUAUCUGUGGCUGGCAGUACUCUUCAGUGGAACCUCAAUUUUGUACUUUGCUCGUGUUGCUAUGCCAAUUACCAUGCCAACUGUUGCUAGAGAAUAUAGCUGGAACAAAGUCGACUCAGGAAUAAUUUUAUCCUGUUUCUUUUGGGGCUAUGCUCUUACCCAAGUACCUGGAGGAAACCUUAGUGAUAGUAUGGGUGGAGAUUAUGUUUUAUUUGUAGCAGCCAUUGGAUGGUCCCUACUCACUUUUUGUACACCUGAUCUCAUUCACAUUUUUGGUGGUCCAAUUGGUGUUAUUUGGCCUAUUGUUUUGGGCCGCUCCAUUCUUGGGCUUUGUCAAGGUGUCCAUUUUCCAAGUGUUUCUUCUUUGUUGUCAAAAAAGUUAAGAACAGCAGAAAAGACAUUUUUUCUCAGCUUUGUGUUUACAGGAGCUCCUGUUGGAAUGUUGUUGAAUGGCAGUUUGGGCUCGUAUAUGUUGAAUCGAUUUGGUUGGCAGUCUGUAUUUAGAUGUGCAGGUGUGUUAGGAUUAACCUGGGCAGUUGUACUCCGAUAUAUUAUGUUAACUUACAAGAAAGCAUCUUCUUCAAAAGAAUGUGAAGAUGGUAAGAUUGAAAUAGAAUCUAAAGUUCCCGUUAUGAAAAAUUCUGUUCCAUGGGGGAUUUUAUUCCAAAGUCCAGCUUUUUGGUGUAUGUUGUUUGCACAUUUUGCAGAAACUAAUACAUUCUUUAUUAUGAUGUCGUGGUUACCAAUUUACUUCAGUGAAGUAUUCCCCGGUGGCAAGGGUUGGAUAUUCAAUGUAGUACCAUGGAUCAUCUGUCCAGUGUUUGGACUUAUAGGCGGGUGGGUCGCUCAGCAACUAAUUAUCAAAGGAUGGGGCAUAACACUAGUAAGGAAGUUGUUUGAGGGGUGUGGACUGUAUCCUACAUCUUUACUCCUUAUUCUCAUUGGUUACCAGAGUAGCUACAUAGGUGCACUUGUUUCACUGGCUGUUGCCAUGGGUUUGACCAAGCUAACAUUAAGUGGAGUUGUUGCAAAUCCCUUAGAUAUAGCACCUACUUGUGCUGGAACUGUUUAUGGAAUGAUGAACACAAUGGGAGCCAUACCUGGUUUCUUGGGAGUUUACAUUACUGGAUACAUUUUAGAGAUCUUCCAAAGUUGGAAAAUGGUGUUUAACUUUACAGCAUGCUUAAACAUUAUCUUCUGCUCUUUCUUUUUAAUAUUUGGAACUGCCAAGCCUAUUGUGCCAAUGUCUGGAGUAAGCUGACCAUAAUUAUUUAUUAAACCACCGGUGAAUAUAAGUAAGUUAUUAUAAAGGUGCUUUGUCUAUAAUACGGUUAUUUCUGAAUAAAAGAAAAUUAAUAAAAAUA